AUGUUCCAACAUUCAACUCCCACGCAACACAUCACCACCACUACCAGCACGAAUAGUGGUAGUACUUUCAAUCCUUUGAUAGGACCUCCAAACCAUACAAGCAAUCAACAAGGCUUGUUGAGAGGAAGUAGUAAUAGUAUUCCGAAACAGCAACACCAAAUGCAUCAUCAGCACACAAUGCUGUUGUUAGGACAAGAAGAUGAAGACAAUUCCUUGUUCAGCUCGCAUAGUGGCUCAUCAUCACAUCAGUUAUUCAAUCGAUCAAACUCUUCCACCAUCAGUAGUAGUGUUGGCAAUAGUAAUUUUCAUAAUAUCAGUAAUAGUAAUAACAAAUCUACCUUCGGACUAACGCCAUUAAUUGGUGGCGGGAUUAAUACUACAGCAGGAGGAUCUCAUCAACACGGUAGUUUUAAUAAUUUCCAUUCAUCAUCAUUUUCCACGAGGAUUCAAAAUAAUAACAAUUUAUUUAGUUCAACGCCAAGUCAAACUGAAUUGGUGAAAGGCUUUCCGAUGAAUCAACAAGGAACCAAUAGAGCACCUGGAUCAUCACUUAACAUGAAUCCUUUGAUGCAGCACACAAUCAUCACAGAGACAUCCACAACGGGAAAUAUUCAAGAAGGAGGAUUGAAUAGCAGUGUAAAUUCAAUGAAUAGUUGGGGUUCGGGCUCUCCCUUUUAUUCUCCGUUCUCAACUCAGCAACCAUCAUCUUCGAGUGAAUUCUUUCCAAAUACAACAGCUCAAAAUCCCUUUCAAAGUUCGACCUCCUCCAACUUUCAGCAGCAACAUUCGUCAAUAUUUCCUAGCGGUGUGACCACAAGAAAUAGCAAGAGCAGUAAUGUGGCGUCAUCAAGACUAUCGUACCUCACAUCGACCCUUUCAUUGGCUGAUGAUGAUGACGAUAAGUUUAUGGGAACUGCAAAUCCACUUUAUGAAGACUCUGUUCAACAAUCACAGCAAUAUUUAGGGAGGAAUAUCGUUUCAUCAUCAAGCUCUACAUUAUUUUCCACUUCAGUUUUGUCAAAUCAAAACACAACCCCAUCACAUGGUGUCUCACCAUCUCCUUCAAGUAUUUCGGAAAGAACAUCUCCUGGAAACAGCAUCAGCUAUAGCAAUGAAAAUACGACAACACCUUCUCCACCACCUCCUCAAUUUUUAUCAUCUACGCCAGAAUAUCAUAAUCGAGUAAUGGGAUCAUCGACGACAAUUAUUGGAAAUGGUAAUGUGUCACAAAAAUCAUUUAAUAAUGCAGGAGGACAGAUGAAUUUUCUGCCUACGAGUUCUGCAUUUCCUCCUAAUGCAUUUCAUCAACAAACCAUGUUUGGAAAUUUUCAAAAUGUUAUGUUUGUGAAUGUGAUGCCACCUCAAACAAAUUUAGGUCCACAAAUUAUGCCCAAUAUUGGAAUUAGCCCUUAUGUCGUUACUAAUCAACCAAUGGGGUUUGUUCCAAUGAAUGGGAACAGUGGCUUUUUAAAUACAUCUCACCAGCCAUCUCAAUUAUUGAAUGGAAAUCAGCAAGUUGCUCAGAUAUCAUCGGUCGAGUCAAUUUCAAAACCAUUACAACAACCAAAUAACUCGGAAAACUCUUACUCGUUGUCUCAACAACCAUCCGUCACUCCUGGCGUUGUGCCUCCUCAACAAAAUUCGCAAAAUCAAAAUAUUAAUGUAUCCAAAAUUUCACCUAUUUCUUCAGCAGACGAAAUUGCAAAGCAAAAAAACGAAAUGAAAAACAUUGAGGAAACUAAAAACGUUGUCACGACGAAACAAACAAGAGCUCCAAUCUCUAACUCAAACAAAGAAGAGAAGAUGCCUCCAAAAUCCGCUGCUAAAAAGCAGAAAAACAAAAUAAUAGAAAUUCCAGAGAAAACUGCUACUCGACAAUCAACAACUGAUACAACCAAAGACACAGAGAAAACUGAGCAAGAAAAGCUAGAUGAAGAACUUGCUAGAAAACUACAACGAGAAUUUGAAAUGGAGUACUUGAGGAGUUUGGACACUAGCUCUAAUUCGAAUAGAAACAAGGGUUCUUUUGUAUCUACAUCCAAAAAGAAGAAAGGAAGCGAACUGAGUGCUGACACAACUACUGAAGAUAAGAAAACAACUGCUACUUCUUCUGCUUCAUCGAGUAAUUUUUUCAGCGUUUUAGAAAGCAGUCCUCCCACUGAUGCUUUGGAAGUCAAUCACAACAACAGUAAGACCUCAAAAAAAUCAACAACACAGCCCCAACAAGCAUCAACAUCGAAAACAUCCAAAAAAUCAAAGAAAAAGAAAAAGUCUACGGUAAAUGAAGCUGUAACUAACACUGGGGUGGAUGCAACAACGAACAGCCACGCAAACGAAGAUUCUAAAAUUCAAGAGACAGCGGAAAAUAGUGCUCACAAAGAAGAUGCUUCAAAUCCGACUCCAUCCUCUCCUGAGUCAACAAUCGAAAAACCUCAAACAGAGACCACACAGGCAGUCGUCACGACAAAUUCAUCAACCAAAAAAACGAACACUGAAGACUAUAACAAACCAUGUAAGGAUCAUUUUAAAGGAAAGUGCAAAUUUGGAUCUGGAAUUUGUCCAUACUCUCAUGAUCGAUCAUUCUACAUCAAGUAUCAACAAGAGCAUCCUGAUGAAUUUCCUCCUCUUCCACAAACAAAAUCAAAGAAAAAAGACACGUCUCAAGAAGUUGUAGAGCUUGUUCCUCAAAAAAAGAUAGAAGUAUGUGUGAAACAUAGCUCCGUUCAGCCAUGUCCCAAUGGCAAGAAUUGCAAGUAUCUUCAUUUUUCAGAUAUUUCUCAGCAUGACCUCUACAGAAAGUGCUGCACAGGACACUCGGAUAGAAUUUGCAAAUGUGCACCUCAAAAUGCUUCUCCAGUAUUAUAUGUUGAAGGAGUGACCAAGUUAUCAAAAAAGCAAAUGGAAGAAAUUACAGAAAAAUCAUUUAUGAAACCGGUUGGAGUUUUUAAAAUGACAGAACAAGAGCUACUCUCAAAUUUAACAGAACUCAAGAUGUUGUCUCCCAACGAAAAGAAACAACGAAGAUACCAAUAUAUUUUCCCAGAUACUUGUGUGAAAUUUGUGAUUUCAAAGAUUGAACGAUCAGAAGCCAAUCGAGUGAAAAAACUAUUCAAUGAAACCGAGGAAGAAGAAGGUAGAAAACGAAAAGCAGAAAGGGAAGGCCAGAAAUAUGACCAAGAAAAGGACGAUGAAGCUAAUCCCACAUGGCAAAUUCUUGGUCUUGUGAGUCAUCAACAUUGUAUUUUGCGCUUUAUUGAGGAAAGACUACCGCUGUGCUUUGUCACUCCAGAUUGUGAUCGUUACAAUGAAGGAGAAAUAUUCGAUGAUGCACUUUAUGGUCAUCACGUAUCUUUCAAGCAGCGUCAAUCAUAUCCUACCAUUAUUGAGAGGAUAUUUGAAAUGGUAGAGCCAGAUGAUGAACCUGAAGAAGAAAUUUCGAAAGAGUUGCUCUUGAUGAUGCUUGGUAAUGCGAAGAAAUGCUCAGGAUCAGGAUUUUUCACAAUGGGAUGCAUUGGCCCAUUUCAAAUGUAA